AUGUCAAAGAAUGUGGUGAAUGGAGUUAAAUCCAGUUGGUGGCCGGUUACAAAUGGUGUCUCCCAGGGCUCAGUAUUAAGCCCAAUUCUGUUUAAUAUAUUUGUCAGUGAUUUGGAUGACGGGAUCAAAUGCACUCUAGGCAAGAAGGCCAAUGACAUCCUGGCCUGUACUAGUAAGUGUGGCCAGCACGGCCAGCACAGUGAUCAUCCACCUGUACUUGGCACUGGUGAGGCUGGACCUCAAAUGCUGUGUUCAUUUCUGGGCCCUCACUACAAGAGAGACAUUGAGGUGCUGGAAUGGGUCCAGAGAAAGGCAGCGAAGCUGGUGAAGGGUCUGGAGCACAAGUCUGAUGAGGAACGGCUGAGGGAACUGGGGUUGUUUAGUCUGGGGAAGAGAAGGCUGAGGGGGGACCUUAUCGCUUUCUACAACAACCUGAAAGGAGGUUAUAGUGAGGUGGGAGUUGGUCUCUUUUCCCAGGUAACAAGUGACAGGACAAGCGGAAACAACCUCAAGCUGCGCCAGGGGAGGUUUAGACUGGAUAUUAGGAAAAACUUCUUCACCAAAAGGGUUGUCAAGCAUUGGAACAGGCUGCCCAGGGAAGAGGUGGAAUCACCGUCCCUGAAGGUAUUUAAAAGAUGUGUAGGUGUGGCACUUAGGGACAAGGUUUAG